CCUGCCUAAUGUAUGACCAGUCUGAACACAUUAACCUAAAUGAGCCUCCGUGCGUCCUCUGGCGACAGAACUGCACUCAUACAAGCAACACAACCCACUCAGCGCUCGCAGUGCACCCGUAAGUAGUACGAGUGUAGUGUGUAAGGCAGUGAUUGAAACACAGCCCAUGCUUUCACACCGGCGGGGCUGAUGUCUGACUCUAUUAGUUAGAGACACACUCUGUUCCCUGCCGUCCUUCUCAUUUCUCCAAUAAAACACGAAUGCAAGACCGAGCCGAGGAGCUUACCGCAUCAGCACCGCCAUCGGUUCUGGUCAGACAAACCCAGAGAGAGCCUCCUGAUGAAGAUGAUGAUGAAGAUGAUGAAGAUGCUGAGUGCAUGCGGACUGCAGUAACAGCAGCAGCAGAAGAGCCGCAUUCCUCCAUGCACAUCCACCGGUGCAAUGGUCCAUGCCAUCUCCGUCUAUAGUGGCUGGUUUGGCAGGAGAGGUUAUGUGAAGAACAGCUUCUCCAUGAGCUAAAAAUUUAACCGCAGAGGAGUUCACAAACUGACCACAAAGAGGAAAGGAUCUCAGUUUCUCUCUCUGAUUUGUUCUUGUGUUGUUCUGUAAUGACGCCAUGUCUCAAACUGGGAAAGUCCUUCAUUUGUAUGUGGAGGUGAGAUCCCCACCAGAGCAUGACGGGAAAGGUAGCUCCUGCGAGACGACAGUGGAGCAAGAAGGUCCUGUUGAGGCUUUGACCAAAUUAGCACAGGCGGCAUCUGGAUUUACCACACCUCCCAGCAGCACAUUCAAACCAAAUGUUAGCUUCAGACUUCAGUCUUCACAAGAUUCCCCUCCAAGAUGCAACAUUCCUCAGCAGGAACCAUUCCAACAGGGGUCCUCUGGCCUCAAUAACAAUAUUGAUAGUAAGCAAUUAAAACAUGUCCACUCGUUGUCACAUUCUGGACGGACUUCUGGCCCGGGAACACCUUGUCGAGCCUGCAGCCACCAUCAGAACUCUAAACCAGAGCUUGGACAGAGGUCUGUGGUCACUUUUAGCUACAUAGAGAAACCCCAUAUUAAAACCGUGGAGAGUCCUUGUAACAGUCCGAGUGGAGUAAAAGAGGCAGCUGCUGGCUCACGUAAGAGGUGUAGUGAUCCAGUGCGAACACGACCGGCUGAAUCUUCCUGCAAUAAUAGUCCCUUUCACCAGCACAUGGGUUGCUCUACUUUGGAUCCCAUUGGUCAAGCAGCAACACAGCGAGCCCUGGAGGAGUUUGGCUCUCCCCAGUUGAGGUGCAAGUUUUCUCGUGGCUCAAACUGGAGUCCAGAGUUCCACCAACAACAGAGGGCACGAUGCCAAUCUUGGGCAGGUUCACCAGUGCCAAACAGCAGCCGUCGGGAACCUGACACCAGCAGAGUGGGAACUGUGUGCGGUGUCCCCCAAAGCCCAGCAUCAGAUGCUGUCUUAUCACACACAGGGCACAACAACCAGCAGAUAUCCAGCUCCAUAUCCCAAGGAUGCCCCAAUCAGAGCACCCCAGUCAGUCAAAGUCAGACUGGAGAUAGGCCACUCUCAGGGCAAAGGAACACAAACACAUCCCCUCAUGGUUUAAACCAGCUAAGUGGAAGCAAUAACUCCUCAGCACUUAACAGUCCUGAGGUAGCCCGCAAAAUUGCAGAAGAGGCAACCAAAGUGUCAUCAAUAUUCAAUGAAGUCCGAAGUUCUCCUCCUCCUGUUGUUUCUGGAGGUUCAUCUAAUCUAAGCAGCACAAACUAUGGGUAUCCUUCAAGAGGAGUCCAGCAGGAAUCUUUACAGCAGAACCCAAUGCAUCACUCAGCUGUUAAGAUGAACAUACCUGUGCAUGAAGACCACGCUAAGACAAAUGGUGUGUCUUUGCAUCUGCAUGAAGCAUCAACUAGUAAGAGCUUGGACUUCAAAGAUGACCAAACCAAUCAUUCAUUCUGCACUAUACCAGCCCCUGAUUCUCCAGCUGUGCCAUCUCGUCUUCUUCGUCCAAGUCUGUCUAAAGCAGAUGUGUGUUCUCCACUCCGGGAUCCUCGUCAGCUUAGAGCUGACCUACCAGUUUCAGAUAGCCCCACUUUACACCGUCACAGACCUCCGCAGUACACUGGAGAGGAGUGGACCUCUGGGGAACCCUGGUUCCUGGACGAGGAGGACUGGGAUGAUCAAGUCAUUGCAGAAAGUGUGGAAAUUUCAAGAAGGUUGUUUAUUGGUCAAAACGUGGAUGAUUCCCCUGUCAGUUGGACAUCUAGACAGCAGUGGAAAGAUCAAGCAAAGAAAGAGGAAGGGAAGUUCACUUUGGUGGAAAAACUUGAAAGGACUAUCAAGAGCAGUAGUCCAGUGUACAAGAAAAGAGGUCAGGUUGAGGUCACAGAAAAAGCAGAGGAGAAUGUGAGCAAUUUGGUAUGUGGAGCAAACCACCGCUCAGGGGAAAAUGUAGAGGAGAUGACCAGGAUAACACAGCUACAGAGACAGGCAGAAUGGAGGAGACGGCAGGCUUUGCUUCUAGGCCCAGUGGUGUUAGAAGAUGGAGACGGGGAGAGAGGAGAGGACGAACAUGGGUUUGGAGAGCAGCAGGGUUUGGCUGGGUCAUCCCCGAGCUCCAGUGGAGUAACUGGAAGUCUUGGGGAUAGAGAUUGCAUCUCACCUGAGUCCAGCCAGAACAGCAACCAAUCAGAUCACCCGUCAUCUGGGAUACAGUCGGAUGGCGGUUCUUUGGUGCCAGGUCCGUCUCUGCACUGUCAGAAAAUUGCCCGUGCCAAGUGGGAGUUUCUGUUUGGCUCUCCAGCAGAAAAUACUGCCAACGAACGAGGGAAGAAUGUUCCAGAAUCCACCACAGCGCCCCCGAGUGGCCACUCCACCCCAAUCCCACCAUCGUUCCUGCCACUGGAGGCGCUUGCUCUCAGAGCGAACCAUGACGUUCAGCAUGUGGUGGUGGAGCUUGUGACUCCGCCCCCUGCUGCCCCUGGCUCCUCCCCUAAAACAGUCAUAAUUCGUCGAACCUUAAAAUACUCGGAGACUGAUCUGGACGCCGUCCCGUUACGAUGUUACCGAGAGACGGACAUCGAUGAGGUGCUGUUAGCAGAGCAAGAGGACGCCGACUCCGCUUUUGGAAGCAACCGCAGUGUCAUGGGGACAUCCUGUGCUGGGAGCAGCCCUCUAGGAGAGAUGCCCAACGAAAGAACAGAUGGACAGGAGGAUGGAGAGGAGGAGGAAGAAGAGGAAGAGGAGGAUGUUGCGAGCUGGGCCACUGUCAGGAUGCAGGGGGAUGUGAGGCGACUGCUGGCCGAACAACAGGGAGACGAUGAAGAAGAGUUUUACAGAAUGAUGAUAAAGAGGCCCCAAGACCAUUUCAGAAACGAUCACCCAGCUCUGAAAUCCCCCCUCCUGGUCCGUGGCCCACGCAGAAAGUCUGGAGACAGUUUGGACACAUUCAGCCGGCAUUUCGAGAACAUCAUGGAGUCUCACCGUGCCAAGGGCACGUCCUACAGCAGUCUGGACAGCCUGGACCCUCUGACCUCCAGCACUCAAACCGUCCUGACCUUUGACCUCCCCACUCUGACUCCACAGGUGCAGGGUCAGAUCUACCAGAGUGCGCGGCAGAUCGUGGAGCUCAGCUUCGCUCCAUUGGCUCAUGUAGAAAUGCCCAGCCUCUCAGUGUCUGCGCUGACCAUAACCGGAGACACUGAUGCCACGCGGGCACCAUCCAGCGAACGUCUCAGCAGCGGAUCUGAUGAUCGGAGCGGGCAAAGCUGGCAGAGCAACACACCGCUUUCACUGCCCAGAGAGAAACCUCCACGCUUCUCUGCGGAGCCGGAUGUGGAUCAGGAGCUGAUUGAGCGUUUGGGUUUGGGCAGUAAUGACACUCUCAGUAACGGAAACCGCGCAGAUCUGGAUGCUGCCAAACGCCUCGCCAAGCGGCUCUUCAACCUCGACGGCUUCCGCAAGUGUGAUGUUGCCCGACAUUUGAGUAAAAACAAUGACUUCAGCCGUAUGGUGGCAGAGGAAUAUCUGCACUACUUCAAUUUCACCGCCAUGACUUUGGACCAAGCACUGAGGACUUUUCUGAUCGAGUUUGCUCUGACGGGUGAAACGCAGGAGAGAGAGAGAAUCUUAGCACACUUCUCUCGCAGAUUCCUGCAGUGUAACCCGUCACUCACACUGUCUGAAGACAGUGUCCACACACUGACCUGCGCCCUGAUGCUGCUCAACACAGACCUGCACGGACAUAACGUCAGCAAGCGAAUGUCCUUCAAUCAGUUUAUCGGGAAUCUGGAAGGACUAAACAGUGGCUAUGAUUUUCCGAAAGACCUCCUCAAGGUAAUGAGUCUUCAGUCUCAUCAAUAUAGGAGAAAUGUCUGUUUGCAUUUAGUUUUGAUGGUAAUGGUUCAACUGGGGAGUUGUCUAAAGUCACUGAGCUUUGUGUGCAUGUGCGAGCAAGUGUGCUCGCAUGUGGAUUUAACAGGGAGAGGAUUGAUGGAUUUAACCAGUAACCGAGGCAAGAGCAUAGAGCCCCAGGAAUAUAAUCUAAUAUCUGAUAUCUAA